AAGGGUAAAACAGUAAAUUCCAACCGCAAUUGAUUUUCCCAAGUUAAGGCGGUUGCUGUUCCUCUUUCUGUCCCCCUCCUUCCUCUUCCUCCCUCUUUCUCUCUCCUCUGAAACUCCAAUUGAAAGCGAAAUUAGCAGUAAUAGAAAUUGACGAAAAUGCCCCCGAGAACAAGGAGAGCAGCGUCGCCGAAGAUUGUGAUUGAGAGAGAUGAAAAUUCCGAAGAAAGCUCCUCUGAUGAAGAAGUAGAAGAUGAACAAAACGGCGUCGUUUAUGAAAGUGAAGAAGAUGAAGUUGAUGAACCAAUUGAAGAUAUUAAGAGUAGAGAGAAAAAACCCAUUACUAUUUCUCUUAAAAAAUUCUGCAAAGUAUGUAAGAAGGCAGGACAUCAAGCUGGGUUUCAAGGGGCUACUUAUAUUGAUUGUCCAAUGAAGCCUUGUUUUCUUUGCAAAUUGCCUGGCCAUACAACAAUGAAUUGCCCUCACCGUGUUGCUACUGAGCAUGGUGUCAUACCAGCUCCUCGUAAAAGUACUCGUCAUUCAGUGGAUUAUAUUUUCGAACGCCAGCUUAGGCCACACGUACCUGCUAUCAAGCCAGGAUUUCUUAUACCAGAUCAAGUGACACGAGCAGUUAUCAGAUACCAUAGUAGACGAGUUACAUGUUUGGAAUUCCAUCCGACUAAUAAUAAUAUACUUUUAUCGGGUGAUAAGAAAGGUCAACUUGGAGUCUGGGAUUAUGAUAAAGUAUACGAGAAAAGAGUUUAUACAAAUAUUCACUCUUGCUUACUCAACACUAUGAGAUUUAGUUCCGUCAAUGAUGGAACUAUAUUUGGUGCAUCCUCUGAUGGAACCAUUAGCUGCACUGACUUAGAAACUGGAAUCUCAGAAUCAUUGAUGAACCUAAAUCCUAAUGGCUGGCAUGGUCCAAGCAGUUGGCGGAUGUUGUAUGGCUUAGAUAUCAACUCAGAGAAGGGGCUUGUUCUAGUUGCUGAUAACUUCGGCUAUAUGUACAUGUUGGAUAAGCGUACAAAGGAUAAAAUAAGGGAGGCUGUCUUGAUACAUAAAAAGGGUAGCAAGGUUGUAGGGUUGCAUUGUAACCCUAUCCAGCCAGAUCUUCUCUUGAGUUGUGGAAACGAUCACUUUGCCCGCUUAUGGGAUCUCCGCCACUUAGAAGCUGGAUCUUCUCUUGGCAACCUUGCACACCGGCGAGUAGUCAAUUCUGCUUAUUUUUCUCCGCAUACAGGGAGUAAGAUUCUCACUACGGCACAGGACAAUCGUAUUCGUGUUUGGGAUUCAAUAUAUGGCAAUAUGGAGUCACCAAGCCGUGAAAUUGUACAUAGCCACGAUUUCAACCGCCACUUGACUGCUUUUCGUGCUGAAUGGGAUCCCAAGGAUUCAUCAGAAUCUCUUGCUGUUAUUGGACGUUACAUCAGUGAGAACUAUAAUGGUGUUGCUCUGCAUCCUAUUGACUUUAUAGAUGUGAGCACAGGGCAAUUAGUUGCUGAGGUGAUUGACCCAAAUAUCACGACCAUCAGUCCUGUUAAUAAAUUGCAUCCCAGAGAUGAUGUUCUGGCGUCUGGUAGUUCAAGAUCUUUAUUUAUCUGGAGGCCUAAGGAUAAAGCUGAGGAUGUGCAACAGAACGAUGAAAAGAAAACAAUUGUUUUCUGUGGGAAGACCGACAGUAAACGAAAAAAGAAAUUUGGUGGUGAAAGUGAUGAAUCGGAUGAUGAAUCGUUCAAAUCUAAGGGUAAGAUGUCCAAAACAAAGUCAUCUGCCUCCAAAAAAGUCAAAAGGUGAAGUUUCUGAAGUCUUGUUGAACUUUCAUUCCUUACUCCUGAGGGUAAGAGUUGCUGCUGCUAAGCAUAAUAUAAGACCGAAAGUAUGGUCCUUGAACUUUUUUUAUGGUUUUUCAACUGGGUGAACAAGUUCUUUUGUUAUGAAGCUGCAUUGGCUCUUCUGAGAAGAACCAUUUUCAAUUUGCUGUUACGUUGAACAAGCUUUUCAAAUAUUAUAGGAAUGCAGAAAGCUGCAACUAGCUUAUACAUUAUGUGCCUAAAAUGGUUAGGUUAGUGUAACUUUUCUAUGUUGCCUGCUAUAUCAGCCUCAUCAUUUUGCUUAUAAGAUGAGCUGCAAAUGCAGUGGGUUGUAAUUGUUGUAUAUAUGAAUAUAAUUAGAUAACGUAUAUAUUUUUCAUCUUUCUUUAA